AUGGGUUUAGAGAAAGAGAAUGAAGAAGAAAGAUUGUCUGAAUAUGAUGAUUCUGACAAAGAGAGGUCUGAUAGUGGUGACUCAGAUGAUUUGAAGCUUAUUCUAGGCAUGCGGUUUGAGGAUGUUUUUCAGUGCAAGAAAGCACUGGUAUCAUGGAGCAUAGUUAAAGGUCAUCCAAUUCACUUUAGAAGGGUAAGCAAGGAUCAGUAUGAGGCUUAUUGUGAGGAGCCUUAUCAGUGGAGAAUCUAUGCUAGUAUAAAGAAAAAUGAGAGGUAUUUGGUGGUGAAGAUCUUGGGUCAAGAUCACACAUGUGCAUUUGCAAUUGGUAAUAAGCAAGCAAGGUAUAAGUGGCUUGGGGAAGAGUACACUGAGGUCUUCAGAGUUAGACCUCAGAUGUGUGUUGAAGAUUUUAGGAAUGAUGUUAAGAGGAGAUUUAACAUAGCUGUUCCAAAUGGACGAUUGUACAGGGCCAAAGCACAUGCCUUACAGGUGCUUAGAGGCACUGUGCAGGGCUAUUACAAUAAAUUAAGGAGUUACAUUGCAGAGUUGAUGAGAGUGGACAGAGAGGGCGGAUUUGAGCUCCUGUGUGGGGAUGGAUGUCAGCUUUUGUGUGCCAUAGGGAAGGAUGGCAAUAAUCAGAUGUAUCCCAUUGCAUGGGCCGUAGUAGAAGUGGAGAAUGAAGCUUGCUGGCGAUGGUUUUUAAGCUUGUUGUUGGAAGAGCUUGGCAUCAGGGAUGAAAAUGGAUUUACUUUGAUUUCUGAUCAACAAAAGAAUUCUUGCUCUGAGCUCUACUCUGGCUCUGAAGUAUAUUAUGGCUCUGGCUCUGGCUCUGGCUCUGGCGCAGAAUUCUUGCUCUGA